UAUUUAAUUGAGUGGUCGGUUUGGAUUUAGGCUUAACCGAUUAUUUCGGGUCGGGGUCGGUUUGGGCCUUAAACCGACCCGCCCCGACAUAUGCCCAGCCCUACGCUCCUAAACGUAAACUGUCAAAAAGGUGAGCACCACCUAGGUGGAUAGCAGACUCUCAGAGGAAACUCAGAUCUACAAGAAACUGGGUAGAAGAUAACACAUGUGGGCCAAAAGUAUGUGUCGUUUCUACUUUUUAAAAGAAAAAGUAAAAGAAAGAGGAAAUUCAGAUCUACAAAAAACUGGGUAGAAGAUGAUAAGAUAGCACAACCAUUUAUUCUGACCGUUCUUAGUCGUUUUCCUCUCUCCAUUCUGAGCUAAUUUCUAGCUCCAACAAUGGCUGAGGCACUCAUUCCCGGCCUUCUAGAACGAUUGAUUUCGUUACCUGAGCAACUAAGAGAAGCAGAUCUGAGCCUGGGCGUGCGUGUUGAGAAAGAAGUUGCAAAUUUCAUCCUCAAUCUCAGAGCCGUUCAACCUGUUCUUGUGGAUGCAGAGGCGAGGCAACUGGUGGAGGCACCUGUAAGACGUUGGUUGGAUAAUCUGAAAGAAGUGUGCAACGAGAUGGACAACGUGAUGGCUGAGCUGAGCGUUGUAGUAAAUAAAAGGAAAAACCAAGAAACUGCUCCGAGUACUAAGAAGAAGGUAUGUCUCUCCAUUCUCUCUGAUUCCUUUUGUUUAGGCCACUCCGGCCGGGCAGAACUGAAAAUCAUCUCCUUGAGGGUUAGAGAACUCGGUCAAAAGUUAACUUUGAUAGCUCAAGAAAGGUUUCAGUUUGCAUACCAACAAAUAGAAAGAAGCAUCGGAAAACUAAAACGACAGAAGGUCCUGUCUCUUGUCAACACAGACAGGAUAUUUGGUCGCGAAGAGGAAUUGAAAUUUCUAUUGAGCAAGUUAUUAAGUGUGGGUAGUCAACAAGAAAUGAGACCCGUUGUCAUCCCUAUAGUAGGGAUGGGUGGAGUCGGGAAGACAGCUCUUGCCCGACUAGCCUAUAAUGAUGACAAGGUAAAGACGCAUUUUGAGGAAAGAAUAUGGGUUUGUGUCUCAGACCCUUUUGAUAAGGUUGUGAUUGCCAAAUCUAUCAUUAAGGGUACUGAUUCUGGUAUCCCACAUUCAAAUGAAUUGCAGAGUGUCUUACGAUGUAUGUUUGAAUGCAUUCGUGGAAAAAGGUUCCUCCUUGUCCUGGAUGAUGUGUGGACCGAAGACGAAAGCAAAUGGGAAGGUUUACAGUUAGCUUUGCAAAGCGGGGCAGUCGGCAGUAGAAUAUUAGUGACCACACGGAAGGAAGCAGUUCCUUACAUGAUGAGAGCAACUAAAAACACCAUCCAUAUGAUGUACUUGAGUGAGGAGAAUUGUUGGUCGCUAUUCUGUAACUUUGCACAAUUUGAUAGGGAAAAAGAUGGGUUGAAGUCUCAAGUUGCUAGAAUGUUUGUGCGAAGGUGCAGGGGUUUGCCCCUUGUUACAAAGAUUUUAGGCAGUCUCAUGCUCUAUAAGGAAACAAUUCAGGAAUGGGAAGAUGUUUUGAAUAGUAAGAUAUGGGAAUUAGAAGAGGUUGAGCAACAAGUUUUCCCAGUGCUGCUACUAAGUUACUAUGAUUUGACCCCAGCAAUCAGACCUUGUCUUCUGUACUGUGCUAUGUUCCCGAAAGAUUUUCUAAUUGAUAAAGAUAGUUUAGUUGAGUUAUGGAUGUCACAAGAUUAUCUCAGUUCAGAAGAAAAUGAAGAAAAGGAAACAGUGGGUCAGAGGUAUUUCGAAAACUUAGUAAUGAGGUCUUUCUUCCAAGAUUUUAAGAAAGAUGAAGAAGGAAAUAUAAGAUGGUGCAAAAUGCAUGAUAUUGUGCACGACUUUUUGCAGUACCUCACCAAAGAUGAAUGUAUUACUGUGGAGGAGGGUGAUCACGGUGGAGGAGAGCCUAGUAAAAUCCAUCAUUUGACCUUGAAAUGUGCAUCCCAGGAGCUUACUCAAUCUUCUUUUUCAAUAUCCAAUUGCAAAAAUCUUCGUACCAUCAUAACUUUUGAUUCAGAAGUUUCUACCCUUGACCUAGAUUUGAUUUUGCAGUUGAAAUACCUCAGGACAUUAAGUUUGAAUUGUGGCCAUAUCCAGGAAGUUCCAACAUCCAUCGGUAGCUUGGUACAGCUGAGGUAUCUUUGUUUGUGUGACAAUCAAAUUUUCAAGGAAUUACCCAAUACUAUGUGUAAUUUAUACAAUCUGCAAACCUUGCACCUAAUUUCGUGUAAGCGACUUGAGAAACUACCUGAGGGCAUUGAUAAACUUAGCAACUUGAGGAAUCUUCAUGUUAUCGGUUGUGAGGAGUUGGUGUACUUGCCUGAAGUGAUUGGUAAACUGGUUGGCUUGAGGUAUAUUGAUUUGUCUUACAAUAGUUCUCUAAUAAAUCUACCGAAUGGUUUAUGUGAUUUGAACAAUCUGCAAACCUUGCGCCUGAGUUGGUGUGAGCAACUUGAAGAACUCCCAGAGGCCAUUGGACAACUGAUUGAUUUAAAACAUCUUCAUGUUGAUGGUUGUAAUAUGCUGGAGUACUUGCCUGUAGGGAUUGGUAGAUUAAAUGAUUUGAGGUAUCUUGAUUUAUCCCAUAAUCAUUUUUUGAUAGAACUACCGGUAUUUAUAUGUACUUUAUACAAUCUGCAAACCUUGCGCCUAAAUGGGUGCAAGCGACUUGUAGAAUUGCCGGAGGCCAUUGGAAAACUGAUUAGUUUAAAGCAUCUUCAUGCUGCUCGUUGUGAUCAGCUACAGUAUUUGCCAGAAGGGAUUGGUAAGUUGGUUCGGUUGAGGGAUAUUGAUUUGUCUCAUAAUUAUUCUUUGAAAGAAUUACCCAAUACUAUGCGUAAUUUAUAUAAUCUGCGAACCUUGUGCCUUGUUGGGUGCCCCCAGCUUGUUAAUGUCGAUAUCAGAGAACUGAUUAAGGAUGAUCAGCAUGAGUCAGAGUACUUGCAAGACUUGCAAGAGGCGUUUGGGAGAUUAGCAAGGCUACUAACGCCACUUGGGUGUAAUGUAAGUUCUGGUGACAAGAAUGAUGCACUUUCCAUUAAAAGUUUGGGCAAUGUGAAAGAUGUAAGUGAGGCUGAGAAAGCAGAACUGAAAAAUGUAGACCUCCUUAGUUUGGAAUUAGAUUUUGACAAUGAAGAAGAUGAGAGGAUAAAAGGGGAUGCAGAACUACUGAAUGUCUUACGACCACAUCAAGUGGAAUUUUUACGCAUUGCUGAGUACCAUGGCCUCACUGUGCCUGUCCAUUGGACGAUGCCUUUACAAAAUUUGAGGCAUCUUAUUCUUGAAGAAUGGACAUAUUGUGAAGUUUUGCCUCCUCUUGGGAAGUUGCCAUCCCUUGAAAAACUGGAAAUGACUGGGAUGCAUGGUCUGAAGAAAAUCGGGGCAGAAUUGUUGGGAACAGAAACAGAUAUUGAUCAAGUAUCAUUCCCAAAAUUGAAACAACUCAGCUUCGGAGUCAUGCAGGAUUGGGAAGAGUGGGAAGGAGUGGAAGGGUGCACAAUCAUGCCAUCCCUGUCUUCAUUACGAAUUAAUUCAUGCUCUCUCCUGCAAGUAUUGCCUCAAUUCCUGUGGAAGACACCGCUGGAUGAUUUGGUGAUUAACUGGUGUCCAAUUCUUACUCAAGAUCUCCUAGAAGGCGGCGGAAAUGAGUGGUCCAAGAUUUCUCACAUCUCAAGCAUCAGAAUCAAUUGUAUCACUGUGGGACGAGGAACCGACAAAGUUGCUGCUUCUAAGGUUGAUGAUAAGGAAGAAGAUGAGAUUAUGGAAGUGUUGGAGUAGUUGAAGUCAUCACAGCAGUAUGCAAGGGAACCUCUGAAACAUGCCUUCCUCUUCUGAAUCUAAUAUAUGUCAUGAAAAUUGAAGAAAAUAGUGGAAGCACCACCCUUGUGGGAGGUCAGAUGUUCAAAACAUAACUUCACUGGCUGCAUAUGCAAGUUCUAACAUCUACAGAAAACCCAAUUGCAAAGCUACAUGCACUAACCAUGUGGAAGUGGUGGUUAGAAUGGAGUUAAAAGAUAGACGUGCUACCAUGCUACACAGGUUAAGCUGAUAUAUGUGUGGCAUGGAUGGAGGUGUUGGCAGUUAGCUUGCAAUGGAUUUUUCUGGUGUUAUCUGCAAUGUCUCCCUGAUGGACCCUGUAGGUUGUGAGCUAAAUAUAGAGACACUCAUUCCAAAGUUAAUGUUAAAGAUGUGAGCUAAAUCCCACACUGCAACCUGUGAUGUUCUGUGAAGAGGGCUCUGUUAAUCUCAUCCACCUCUUGUUCUGGAAAUUAAAUUGCUGAAAGUAUUGCAAGCUCCCUGCUCGGACACAAAGUUCCAGUGGUUGGAUUCACUACAACAUGAUAACGAUCCAGCAGGACUGGCACUCCUUAUGCUGUGCAAGGUUGAGAACUGUGCAGCCCCGCCUCCAAAUACAAGUUCCAAUCAAUCUGUGUUAUACUGCAAGGAAUUUACCAGGCCAACAAAUCUCACAACUCGAUGCAUUGAACUUGCUGAUUAUUAUGUGCAAUAAGAGUACCGUUGCUAGUUGUUACAUCCCCCUGCAUCAAGGAAACUUAUCUUCCAACAUGUUGGCACCCAUUUGCCUAUUUGAUGAUGAGGCUCCUCUCACCUAAACUAGGGGAUUUUCUUGUCUUCCUAGCUGAAGCAUGUGGUGGAUGGAAGAAAGGGAGAGUGGAUACUAUCUCAGUCUCGUUUCAAUGCACUUUCAAGUAGAUCAUACGGCAGCAAAGGUGACCCACAGUAAAGUAACAAAACUAAUCUUGAUAUUUUUGAGCUUGUGAUGUGGAAUCCUUGUAUAUGGUUGUAUUUAAUUUUCUUAUGUAAAUUUGUAUGUUUAUUAUGGGUCAGUAAAUUAUGCUUCCUGUAUUUAUUUGACUUUAUAGCCUAACUGGUUUUCCAUUUUGUUUUAGGAUUAUAUUUUUAUUGUAAUUGGUGAGACGGAUGCCAAUUAGACCUUUGUCUUUGAGAACUUGAUCUGAGAGAUUGCUGAACCAGCAGAGAACAUUGAUGAGGUGAUAAAACAAAAAGACUUGCAGUGUGCCUAUUUCAUGUAGCAAUGUGUCGUUGAAGCAUUUUAAUUGUUCGUCUAUAUUUUUUUUUUUUUUUUAUCGAGGAUCAGUUUCUUUUUUUUUACUGAGGGUUAGUAAAACCACUGUUUUUGAAGACACUAGCAAAAAUCCCAGCGUUAUGCCACGGGAUUUGUUGUUAUUUAACAAUUUUGUGCGUAAGGCUUGUUAGAU